GGGCAAUACUUGUCUUGGCUAUAAAAAGCAGAGGAAAUGCGCUUUCAGUAGAGACACAGAAUCACAAACAAAAGCCGAUCGAGAUGGGAAACUCAUCGCUCUACUUUUUCCAAUAUUAUUAUUACUUGGUAAUAGCAAUGUACUUUUACCUCGUACUGAUCUCUGGCAACGCGAUCGAAUCGCCAAAAUACACAGUGAUGCACUCGGAAUCUGAUUUCGAGAUUAGACUCUACCUUGAGCCCUCGUGGAUGUCUGCCCUCGUCCGAGGAGCAACCUCCUUCGAAAAGUCCACCAAAGAUGGCUUUCACAGGUUGUAUCAAUACCUUAAGGGUGGUAACCUCGACCAUUCUCAGAUUACAAUGACUGCUCCAGUCUUAACAAGCAUCGACUCAUCGUCGUCAUCGUCAUCAUCGCCACCAUCCCGCGGUUCCGACUAUAUUGUAAGAUAUUAUGUCUCUACUAAAUAUGUGGGAAACCCUCCACAGCCCAAUCCUGAGCUAAAUUUGCAGUUUGACAAGUGGAGAAGUCAUUGCAUAGCAGUUAGAAAGUUUACUGGGUUUGCUAAGGAUGAUAAUGCUAAAAAGGAAAGUGAAGCUCUUGUGAACAUCCUAAACAAGUACUUGACUGGAAUUAAUGGAGCAGUAAUGGUAGAUAAAAGUUUCUACUCGGUUGCCCAAUACAAUUCUUCACGUCACCUUUCUGGUCGCCUAAAUGAAGUGUGGAUCGAUGUUUCUGGUUUUGCUGCAGAGGGAUGUCCACGCUAUCAAGGGAAAUAAUAUAUAUUGAUUUUUCUUGUUGGGAGAUGCGUGACAGAAUCUAGUAUGUAUUGUAGGAUUCCGUGUAUAAUAAAACAGUUUGCUUUUAAUGCAUAUAUUGCCUUUCAUUCAUCAUAUGCAUUUCAGAAAAUGAGAUCCAGGAGCAGGAUUUUGUAGCUUGUCAAGAUGACUGGUUUUUUAUUUGUAUUUUCUUCUCUCUGCUAUUAACAUGUGGUUUCGAUUAUGUUUAUUUUCGAGAUUCCUUGAA